UUCUCAAAAAAGGAAAUCCAUUUCCAUCAAUCAUAAUUAUAAAAAUAAGAACAACAAUUUAGACAUCAUUUGUCUUCCAUAUUCAGAUCUGAAUCUCUGUCGUUUAGAAUAAAAAACUAGAGAAUAGAUUGCAAAAAUGGCGACGGUGUCCCCUCUGGCCAAAUACAAAUUGGUGUUCUUAGGCGAUCAAUCCGCUGGCAAAACCAGUAUCAUCACCCGUUUCAUGUACGAUAAAUUCGACACCACUUACCAGGCUACUAUAGGAAUUGACUUUUUGUCAAAAACAAUGUAUCUCGAAGAUAGAACGGUUCGAUUGCAGCUUUGGGAUACUGCUGGCCAGGAGAGAUUCAGGAGUCUUAUUCCAAGUUAUAUUAGAGAUUCUUCUGUUGCAGUAAUUGUCUAUGACGUAGCUAGUGAGUAUAAGCUAACAUUAAAUUGGAGUACGUUAACCUUAAUUAUUGUACAUUCCUCACUCGGAUAUGUCCUUGCAGAUAGGCAAUCAUUUUUGAACACUUCUAAGUGGGUUGAGGUGGUACGCACGGAACGGGGAAGCGAUGUCAUUAUUGUCCUUGUUGGGAACAAAACUGAUCUUGUUGAUAAAAGGCAGGUUUCUAUAGAGGAAGGAGAUAACAAGGCUCGUGAAUUCGGAAUUAUGUUCCUUGAAACCAGUGCAAAAGCAGGAUUCAACAUCAAGCCUCUAUUCCGCAAGAUUGCUGCAGCUUUACCAGGGAUGGAAACGCUUUCUUCGACAAAACAGGAAGACAUGGUUGAUGUGAACUUGAAGUCAAGCGGCAAUUCAUCCCAGAAUACGGAGCAGCAAGGAGGGGGUUGUGCAUGUUAAAC